AUGGAGGGACACAACGCAGACGGUAGGAUGGGCCACAAUCACCGUUACAGGGUUAUACUACAUGGACCCUCCGUUUGGAAGGGUGUAGUGAGGCCCCCAGAUGCGGAUCAGCAGGCACCGUUCAUCGUUGCCUUCGAGCCCCAAAAUGACCUAGUGGCGAUGCAGCAGGGGACCCUUGAGCUCAACGACUUCAUCAUCGAUGAAGUAACAUGCACGACGCAGAUAUUCUCAAUUUUUUUCUUCGAAAUGCAGGAGCAGGCUGUCAAUGCGCAGCAGGCACUCUCCAGAUCACUAGACAGAUUGCAGACUGUCUAUGACAUUUUCCAGAACACGAGAGUUAUUGAGGCACUGGAGCAAGCUUUGGGAAGCGUGCAUGUGCCACUGGAGGUUGUUGUGAGCCGAGUGGAUCUCACCGGUGACGAGGCAGGGAAUGGUUCGCUUAAUGCAGACAAGGAGUCGUACACCAUCCGCAUGGCCGUAUCACAGGGGUUGUCUACCGUAACACCUGAAACCAACCUAUUGGAUGUUGCUAGACAGGCGAUUUCGAGAAAGGGUGCGCUCUUAAACCGCGUGUCAAUCAGUUUUUACGAGUUGCCGGCCAACAGGGCAACCAGUGUGGCACAGACGCCGGCACACGUUGGGUUGUCAGGUAUCGUAGGGAAAUCGGCGAAAUCAACACCCAGGAAUAUAACUCGGGGGACAACUCCGUGCGCCCGCAUCGGCAAGGCCGUUGUGGACCUCUACAGCAAGCGUGGUCUGAUCAACCCGCCAACACCGUGGCUCAUGGCACCAUAUAAUGAAAACGUACUGGUUGCUGCCAGCCCGGUUCUGAAGGCUACUGUAGCUUCACAGCAACUCGAAGAGUUGUUGCAGCAGUCUGAUGAAGGUCUCAGGUCGAUAUCCCAGGAUCAGUACGUCCAUGAGGCUGAACUCAAAAAUCUAAAUUUACCAACUGAGACAAACAACGACGCGGAGGGCAUAGCUGUUGAACAGGUAUCUCUUGAAAUCAAUGGUGGGUUGGAGAAUCAGGGAUUCGACUUUGACGAUGUAAGGCCGCCGUCAUCCGACAGGACGAACGCUUCGGGGAUUGCCAAUGCUGUUGAUGAGGCGUUGCAGCUUUUCGACAGGUGGAACUUUGACGAUUUUGAAGUUUUUAACGUACCGGAGCCCGUCAUACAAAUACCCAAAUCCUCCAGCAGAAAGGUCAGCAUUGGUGUCGAUGACGAGAGGGUCAAACAACUUGAAGAUGAGAACAAGGAAUUGCAUGAGACGAAUACCAAUCACUUACAGGAGAUAGCUUAUUUGCGGGAUCAGGUGGACGAACUCGAGUUGGACCUCAGGAGACAAGUAGACACGGUCAAGCUCCAGCAUGAAAUUGAAACUACCAAACUCAAGGAAGCUUUGAAGGACAGGGAAAGAGUCAUCAGUGAAAUGAACUCAGCCAGAUCUUCUACCGAUGCUGGGCUCACUUUGGAAUCUGCUCGGGAAAUACAGACGCUGAACGAGGAGAUUGAUUCCGUAACCGAGGAGAAGCAAAGAUUGUUAAAGCAGGUUAAACUUAUGACCGAGGAAAGGAAUAAAAUGGCGGAGGAGUUGGAUUCAUUGAAAAUACGCAUGUCAGAGGUCACCAAGAUGGAAAACGCGAUUAAGCAAAUCCAGGAUGAAAAGGAAGGUCAUAUAGCAAUCAUGCGCGAUUGCAUAGGCAAGUUGAGAAAGGAGAAAGAGGGUUUGGCCAGUGAUCUCGACAAACAUCGACGAGAGAAUACAAAGCUGGUUCGUGAAUUGAAACAUGCGAAAUUCGUCGAGGACCAGCUGAAGGAGACGUUGAAGAAAUUUGAGGGUGACGUGGCACAUCUCAAUGACACCGAAUAUGAGCUUAAGGCUUCAAGGGCGGCGCUGAAGGAAAGGGAUGCUGAAAUUAAGACACUUAAACUGGACAUGGAGCGUCUUAACGGUGAACGUACAGAAGCCGAAAGGACACUGAAUGAUUUAAAAAAGCGAUUUGCUGAAAUCACAGAAACGGUCAAAAAUGUGGAAGAGGAGCUUUUUGCCGAACGCAAGAUAUCGCUAGAACAGAAGGAAACUAUUAAGAACUUGGAGGCCAAUAAAUGUGCUUUGGAGGUGGAAAUAAAAGAUGGCGAAACGAUGAGAGAGAAGUUGAAACAGGACAAGUCAGAAGCGGUAGGCAGGUACCUCAAAGAGAAGAUCAAGCAUGAUGGUCUUUUGAGGGAACAUGAAUUGAAAUGCAACAGGCUCUCUGGUGAAGUUAAAGAGCUUAGCACAAAGCUCAAUUUGGUGGUCCACCAGCAUGAUCAGAUGAGAAUCAAGUAUGCCUCACACAUAAUAAAAUCAUCCAUCACGUCAGGUAUAGCUGAACGGAAGAUGGAGUCGAAUGAAAAGGCGACGAUUGGUUUGGUUAAAACAGUGCUUAAGUUCAAGGCAGAAUUGGCGCGGAAACGCUGCCAGCUCAGGCUUAUGGCAAAGGCAUUACAAAUGCCCACUGACACUACGGACAAGGACAUUUUGACUGAACUCAGGAAGCCUAGAACAUUGGACUCGUUAACGCAGCAGAAGCUCAAGAACUACGAAAAGCUGAAGACAGUCCACAGCAAGCUCAAAACGGAGAAGGACGAACUGGCUAAAUUGCUGGAAGUUAAGACUAGCGGGUAUAACAAAUAUGUACGUCGUCAUGAUCAGCUACAUGAAGAAAACAGGAGACUCAAUACUUUGCUAGCCUCAGAGCGUGAAAGGUUGUCCGCAAUGCAAAUGGAAGCAAAGAGGCAAAUUAGAGAUGAGGUUAUAAAGGUCAAUGAAGAUAAAAGGCUCUUGCACGCUAAGCAAUGUGAACUUAUGAUGGAAAACCAAAUUUUAAAGCAAGAAAACGCUAUGUUGAAGCAACGGGUUGCGUUGCAAUUGGAUUCGUCUGGCAUUGACAGAAGUGAGUCCGUCAAAUCAUACAGGUAUGAAUCUUUGGAUGGAAAUAAACUAGUCAUCAAGAAACUAAGCAAUAUGACUAAUGUUCUUAGUUCGGGAGGUGUGAAGCACGGGGGCAUCAGGUGCCGGAUAAGCGACACUACCUUCGAAGAUGAUCUUAGCGUAGACUACACCGAAAGCAUAGAUUUGGAUAGACAACGCACUAUCGAAAAGCCUUAUAUCGCUGGCUCCCCUUGUGCCUACAAGGACACCAAGGCAUCGCUCUACAGCAGGAAGGCCACUCUGGAGAAGUUGAGGACGAAGCAGCAACCGAAGGAAGAUUACCGCGCUGAGGGCAUAUACGGUGGAAGUGGUAUAAAGAAUAGGCAUCCUUGGGUGUUUUAA